AUGCUUGGUGAGCGGGUGGGAAAUGCGAGCCUCUGCUGCAGCUGCUGCUGGUGGUGCGCAGCUGUUGCUGCGGGUAUCGCAGCCCACAACUGGGGAGACAUCUCCAACAAGGCAAAUGCCUGGGACAUUGCGACGAUGUGGCAGCAGACGACCUGCCAGAUUCUGGCUUCCGGCGUCAGCUGCACCGACAAGGACUCGGGAAGCGCCUGCUUUGGCUACACAGGAGGCACAGCGCCGUCAUCGCAGCCUCCCGUAUUCCUGACGGAGCACAUGGCGACCUGCCCAGGAAGCUACUGGUGUGCUAAAGAGGGGGGCACGUGCCACUGCAACGGGGAGAUUACGUACGCCCCGGCGCUCUUUGAUGGCCACAUGUACACGGUUCCGUCGGCCGAGCAGGCCUACAAAGUAGCUUCCAGUUCUUCUUGGCAAUGUGGGACGGACCAAAGCGGGAAGCCCUUUUCUGUGGACCCUGCUCCGUGGCGGGCGAAACACUGUUGGUGUACACCUCAGAGCAUCCUGGACAUUCUGAAGCAGGAUGCUUCGGGCCUCCACAAGAAAAAGUGCUCCGAGGCAUCAAAUGCUGCCUUCGAGCAGCAAGGCCGGCGCCUGUACCAGGAACCACCAGUGGUCAAGGAUGCCGAUGCGAAGGAGGACGAGGAGGACGAGGAGUACGAGGAGAUGACCGAGAGUGAGCAGGAGGUUGAUGUGGCAACGCCCCGGCGCCUCACGGACGUCAUGUACACCGCCCGUCGGCGACGCACUUUCAGCUACACACCUUGGGCCCUUGUCUCCUUGCAACCGGACAGUGACAGACUGGAUGGCGACAGAGACGGCGCCAAGCAGAUCAGCUGCGCCUAUGAAUUUGGAGUGCCGGCGGCUUCCUCAGCGCUUUACACAUCCAGCGGGCCCUAUUCUGGAGAUGUCUGGAAGGCGGAGCGCGUCGCGAAAGCAUGGGGAGACGUCCCGACUCGCCCCUGCUGGGUACGAGUACGCAGCGAAGCCGGAGAGCGCUUGGCCAAUUGCGCUGUGGCCCUCGACAAACCUGGCACACUCAAGGACCAAGCAAAACGGAAGAUGGAGGUUGCUCAGAUCUGUCUGUGGAUUUCUCUUGGUCUGGCAGUGCCUUGCACGUGCUGUUUAAUUUUCCUGAUCUAUGUACGAUCCGGCAACGAGAGGCAGGCUCAACAACAAGGCCUCAUGAACAACAUGCAGCACCAUCGUGACUAG